AAUCCGGUGAUAACACCUGGUGGAUACCUGUUCGAUCGUGAAGCGAUUUUGGAAUAUAUUUUGGCACAGAAGAAAGAUAUUGCUAAACGGACGAAGGAGUGGGAGAAACAGAAUGCCAUAAAUGAGGAAGAGUUGAAAAAGGCCCAGAAGUCAGAUCAUGAUGCUGCAGCACGAAAAUUUGCUGAAGUCGAAGGCACUCCUGCACAUCCAGGUUACAAAAGCAGUGUUGAUGAAGCAAGGGAAGGGAGCUCGAACCCUUUGAAACGCCCGGGUAGCGCAAUCACCGUUCAACCACCUCAGAAGGUAAAGGCGCUUGGUAUUGAAGGCGAUAUCUCCAACAUGAAAGGAGAAAGGAGUAAACAAUUGCCAAUCACCAAAAAGUUUUGUGCCCCUCUGUCCGGAAAACCCUUGAAGAUGAAGGAUCUUAUGGAAGUAAAAUUCACAUUAAUGCCAAAUGAUGAUGACCAGAAGAGUAUUAUUGCAGCAAAAGUUGCGGUCAUAUUGUGCUCGUUACUCAUCGAAUGCGCUACAAACACAUCAAGAUGUGCAUCUCUUAAGAAAUCGAAAUCUGUUGUAACUUGGGAUGUUGUGGAGAAAUUAAUACGGAAAGACUGGACGGAUCCCGUAAACGGUGAGCCAAUGUCAGAAGAGACAUAUCGACACGCUUCAAAGAGCGAGGUACUGGUUAUGCAGCAACCAAUGAAGUGA